CAUCGUAAUUUGAGCAGUCAGCAGAUGGCCCGACCGGCCUGACUGACAGACAACAUUCCGCUCGGACUAAAAGUCACACGGAAGAUCUCUCCGGAAGACUUCCGCGGGAGCAGAAAAGACGAAAGAAAGUCGACAGACUAGCUAAAAAGAAAUAUAUUUUCCGACUUGGAGUUUUGUUGUUUUUGUGACGAUGAAAAGCGCAGACUUGUUCCUGUUAGUGUGUUGCGUAUGCAGCCUGAGUUCACUGGGAGGAGCAGGAGAUGUCGAGCAGGCGCUAACGAAGCAGGUCUUCACCAACUACAACCUCAAGGUCCGGCCCGCGCGCACCCCGACGGAGCGAGUGGUGGUCCGAGUGGGCAUGAUUCUCUCCUCAUUUGUUGGAAUGAACAUGAAAAAUGAAGAAAUGAGCACCGUCGUCGUCAUGAAUUUGGAGUGGACAGAUUACAACUUGUCAUGGGAUCCCAAAGAGCACGACGGGAUCGAGGUGUUGCGGAUUCCCGCUUCAAAAGUGUGGCUGCCGGACAUUUAUCUGAUUAACAACAACGACGGCGUGUUUGAUGUGGCGCUGCAUGUUCACGUCCAAGUGCACAGCAACGGCAGGGUGACCUGGACCCCACCUGCACUCUACCUGAGCUCCUGCGGCGUUCGGGUGACGUAUUUCCCCUUCGACUGGCAGAACUGCAGCAUGCAGUUCCGCUCCUACACGUACGACUCCACCGAGAUUGAGCUGCAGUACGCCCUGGAUGCCAACGGCAACGAGAUACGAGAGAUCCAACUGGACGAGGCCUUCAGCGAGAGCGGCGAGUGGCACAUCAGACACAAGGCGUGCAGGAAGAACAUGAACAAGGACCUGUACGAGGACAUGAGCUUCUACCUGAUCAUCGAGAGGAAGCCGCUCUACUACAUACUCAACAUCAUCAUCCCUUGCAUCCUCAUCACCGUCAUCGCCAUCUUUAAUUUCUACCUGCCGCCCGAUGCGGGUGAAAAGAUGGGACUUUCCAUCAACGUUUUGCUCACCCUCACCGUCUUCCUGCUGCUGUUGGCGGACAAAAUUCCAGAGACGUCGCUGGGCGUUCCCAUCAUCGUCAAGUACAUCAUGUUCACCAUGAUCCUGGUCACCUGCUCCGUCGUCCUCAGCGUGGUCGUGCUCAACUUGCACCACCGUUCUCCCAACACCCACAUGAUGCCCCUGUGGGUCCGCAGGAUCUUCAUCCACAUGCUGCCCCCGUACCUCUGCAUGCUGCGCCCCAAAGUGGAAGUGCCCCUGGCCCUGAAAAUGCUGCCUGCCCAGCGGGAGAAGAAAAUGUUUGCCAUCAACAAGGCCGCCGACGAGUACUUCAUCCGAAAGCCGGACUCCUCCAUCUUGUUCCCGAAACCCAACAGGUUCCAAGCUGAGGGCAAACCAUCCGAUCUAAGGAAAUUCAUCGACGGGCCCAGUAGCUACCUCUCACUGCCCCCCGAACUCAAGUCCGCCGUUGAGGCCAUCACGUACAUCGCCGAGGCGCUGCAGGCCGAGAAGGACUACGAAGCGCUGAAGGAGGACUGGCAGUACGUGGCCAUGGUGGUGGACCGCAUGUUUCUCUGGAUAUUUGUCAUCUUCACCACCGUGGGCACCUUGGCGAUUUUUAUUAAGGCCAGCCUCAAUCGCGCGCCCACCGACCCUUUCUAACACGCCGUUGGAAAGAAAAAGUAAAUCAACUUCAGCAUUUGUUUUUUGGGUUUUUUUUUUCUACCGACUUGCGUGGAAGUGUGAAAGUUGAGGUGGGUCGGCCAAAUACAACACACCAAAGCCCGAGCCCAGAUUCCAAGUGGGAACCUCAGAACUGUGAGACGGACGUGCGAAUCCGCUAGUUUGAUUCUGUGCUAAAAAUAUUCAUACGUGUUCAUCCACGUGCCGGAGCGUGGAUCCGGCACGGCAUAAAUAUUCCGACGCCGUGUCAACAAAUAAACACAUGAGGCAGAGCAGAUGCCAUAAUGACCCGGCUGUAUGCUUUUCAUUUCAAUGUGUCACAAUGCGCCGCGGUGUGUCACAUGCUUGAUGGAUAUUCCUGUGCCUAAACUAAUCCUCUUUGUAUUUAAAGCACUUAUGUGUGUUUGCACAGGGAGGCUAUUCUUACGUCGCAGCUGUGAAUAGCUUGCGGAAUUCCCACUGUAUAGGUGACCUUUCUGUAUGUUUUGUUUUUUUCCUCGUUCCGUCCUCAACUCCGCGGUCUGGAUGUCAAAUAUGUUUUUUUUUUU